GUACUGAGUAAAUGGUCUGAAUACUUAUGUAAAUGUAAUAUUUCUGGGGAUUUAAAAAAUAUAUACAUUUACGAACAUUUCUAAAAGGUGUUUUUAUGUCAUAGGUUAUUGUGGGUAGAUUGAUGGAAAAAAAAUAUUCAAGACAUUUUAGAAUGAGUCACGGUCUUAAUACUUUCCUAAUGCACUCUGAUGGGAAGCAUGAGGACACGUUUAGGCCGGCAAUUAAACAUUUUACUAAGAUUUUUGUGCAGUAUUUCUCAAGUGAAAAAAAAUGCAUAAACUAAAAACUAGUAGUCUCGUUGAAUGACAAACACUUAAUUAAAAAAUCCUGUCCCUAGUUCCCACUCCUGCUAGGAGUAGUACUGUUGACCAAUAAACGACGAAGGGGCGUAAAAUUCGGCUACCGAAGUUCGAACUGCAGCAAUAAUUUGUGUGCAUGAACAACCAGAAAAACCCUGAAAAACGCCACAAAAAUGUGUCAUAUAUGCGAACUGUUUAGACAGGGAAGCAUGCGACAUUUACCCCGCUUCUAGUCUCACGUCGAUUCAUUAGUAUUUUUUUUACUGCUAUUUUACUAUGUUCGCGUUCCCCUGCUCAGACAUUGCGUUCAUCAACCACUGAUUGUGUGCCACAUUAUCGACUGACAGAUUGCUAUAACAUAUGUGGUUAGCUGAUAAGUCAAAUACCUAUCCAGGCGUUGUAAGAUCUGGCAGGCGUCAGCAACGCCUGGGCAGAGGAAUGCGCUGAUUGUAGGCAGAGAGAGCGGUAGGUAGGCCUAUUCGUCAUCCGGCCGGCGAUGAAUCAGCAUUGUGUCUGUAAGUACGGUGGGGGGAAGGGAGGAGUAACUUUAGCUGGGUGGAACUUCCACAGGAGGGAGGCAUGUUUGUUUGUGCUAUCUGGGGUCCUUGGGACAUCUCUACCCUAAACCAUAACCCAACCCACGAUGGCCAGUUUACAUUUCAAUGGGAUGAUGCCAGAGUUGGACGUCACAAGGAUACGCGAUAGCAAGUACCAUGUUGGUUUGAUCGAAUGUCGGUAUUUGUAUGCGUCAGACACAGUGUAUGUUAUUCACCAUUCUGCCACUGCCAAUGUAACGGCCCUGGAGGAUGGCAUGCUGGGAUCAUUUUUUUUACUUUACAAGARAACAACUGAAGAUACUAGGUUUAAUAUAUGUGAGUGUAGGCCAUCAUUUGCUCCCGCAGCCCUGGUUGGCAGGCCGCCGUGGCUGGAGGCAAGUGUCCAACACUCGUCUCAGUACUGGAUGUAUGUACAAAGUGCUGUUUAGCCAUUAGCCAUUUUCGGUGUGUGUGUCUGCCAUUUUAUCUUUACUCAGCUGAAUUUUUUGGGUUAAUAUUACAAAAUGCUUGCAUCGGGAGUGGGAUCUCUUUUUCUGUUUAAGGCACUAUGUUAGAAUUGAUAAAGGUCCACUUUCCACUUCUUCAUGUUUCGCUUUUCUUGCAAAUGGCUCCAGCAAGUCUGUGUUCAUAUUUGUUUUAGGGAUAUGUACUUAUGAUAAUGAUUUACAAAAACUGACAUUGGUCGGAAUAUGCUCUUGAUACGUUAACUAAGAAGUUUUUUUUAUAAUCCUGGUUUGAAGUUGAUGUCACUCUGUUUUGUCUGUAAACAGAAAUAUAAUUUUGAAUCCCUUUGUCUUAACAGGCAUUUACUAAAAUGUCAUAUUGGAAGAUGUGCUCAAUGGAUGUUGGAUAAUCAACAAAGAUCCUAUCACUUCAGACGAAUGCCUUACUGGCAMUGUUCCUCUUUCUUUCUCUCUACUGUAGCACACAAACAAGCUUUGAGUUUGCUUCCCGUUUCAAGACUGGAGAGCUAGAGUGUGCUCCAAUCCCAAGAAUUAUGGUAGCAAACUGUACCAUCUUAUCAGUGUGGCGAUCUAAGUUGGAUGUUCCACUCAGCAGGCACCUUGCAGGUCUGUCUGAAAAGACCUGAAAGGGAGUUAAGAACAGAAGCAGUUUUUCAGUAACAUGCGGAAGCAAUGAGAAAAAGAGGAAGCCGUCCCAUAUAUAUGCCUGUGCGUCGCCGUAGGAAAGGUAGAGAAAGGCCAACAUGUACUCCAAGGGCACCAAACGCAAGUUCUCUGAUGGUGUGGACAACAAGGCGGUGGCAGCAUCCUAUAGCCUGCAGCGCCAGUCCCUGCUGGACAUGUCCCUGCUCAAGCUGCAGCUGUGCCACAUGCUGGCGGAGCCCAACCUGUGUCGCUCGGUGCUCAUCGCCAACACGGUGCGCCAGAUCCAGGAGGAGAUGGCCCACGACGGCAGCUGGCAGGUGGUCACAGAGGCCUUAGGUGGCUCUGGCCAUGGCCCAUCUGACCGCUUGGUGGACACCGAGGUUCUGUGCCAGUCGCCGGAGCAGCAGGACGGUGGGCCUAAGCUCUACUCAGUGAUGGGCUACGACGGCUGCCGUGAGGAGGAAGUGGUGACGGACAAGGCACUGUGUUCUGUGGUUGUUGGUGACAGGUCCCCGGCCCUCCUGUUGGGGACCAUUGGCCACUGCUGGGACAGGGGGGAACUGAGAGUGGAGGAUGGGGUCAGCAAAGACUCAGGUACGGGGGACGAGGAGGGGACGAGGUCUGGGGAGGGGGCUAAAUUGGCAACGGGGCAGGUGUUUGGGAUGUUCGAGAUCAAGAACGGUGCCCCCGGGUCAGACCCGGCACUAGAGGAGCUGUUCUCUGACGUUGAUGCCUCGUAUUAUGACUUGGACACCAUGCUGACAGGCAUGCAGAGUGCCCCCAAGAUGGGGCCUUACGACUUUCUGGACAGCUUGGCCUCCUCACACGGCCCUGUGUCCAACUCCAGCUGUAGAGCCGAUCUCAAUGAACUUGACCACAUUAUGGAGAUCAUUGUGGGCUCAUAGCUUACAGACUUAAAACUCGAAUACUGUUUCAUUGAUCUUGUGCCACUGCCUUUUUGUCUUGUAUGUGCGAACAUACAGUAUUUACACGCUUUCCUCUGUAUGGAAACUGAGUGAAAUCCAUCUCCGUGCAAUGAAAUGUUCAUCUGAAAAGGUUCACGCUUUCUCAAGUUCACCAUCCUUUUURUUAUGUAUACUUUCUUUAUGUUUGUAUUUGAGUGUGUUCUCUCUUCUGUUUUUUUAAUGUAGUUUCUGGUUUAAUUUAUUGUACUUAUUACACUACAUCAAUUCAGAGCAGCACAACAUAUUUACAUGAACUACACAUAUUUUCUUUAAAAAGAUAUAUAAUAUUGUUAAAACGUUUCUGUAUAAAUAUACACACAUAUUUUUUUACUUGAGAGACAGUCUGGGAAUUGUUCCAGACUGUCUGUCUUUUUUUUCUAUAUUUCUAAAUACACAACAAUUGCACAAAAGCUCAGUGUGAUUGGGACUGAUUUACCUGUUGUCUUCCAAAGGUUUAACUUUGGUUGUGUCUUUGAGCUACAAGAGUAAAGAUGCAUUGUCGAAAACAUGAAUUGCGUUCAGUAUGCUCACAAUGUGAUGCACCCUUGUCUUGGUCUAUGGUUUGGUGCUACAGUAUAUGCACCGUGUACAGUAUUCCUUAUAAACACAUUGCCUUCUUGAGCCAUACAGUUCGUUCUUGCACCACGGCUAGCUUAACCUCACAGCKUAGCAUGUGGUGCCAUUUGUUUGCUAUUAGAAAUAACGUACGUUCUUAUAUUUGUCUCAUUACAAAUGAAGAAUUGUAAUGGGUAUAUUUCUCAUUUUAUGUUAUGACUUUUAGCCUAUUUUAUUUAUUAAGUGCAAACAUAUGGUGGUGUUAAACCUUGGUAAUACUUAAGGUUGUAGAAGCUUUUCAGCUUUCUGACAUGAAUUGAUAUUUUGGAAUCAUAAUGAGUUUCCGGACUUUCAUGCAUACUUUUAGUGAAGUAAUUACUUUCUUAUUCAAAACAAACUGAGAACAUGUAAAGAAUUGUGCUAUUCAGCUGACCUAUUCCAACAAAAUGUKUUUUUUUAUCGCGUUCAAAGCCUGCACUCAGGCACAAGAUAAUAUUGUGAGUAAACAACUGAUUGCUGAUUAAACAGACAUGUGGGAGAUCUCACAUUUCUUUUUUAUAAAUAAGUACUGUACAUUUGACAUUUGUGACCAUGAGCUAGAGUAAAUUUAGCUUUUUUUUAUAUACAAGUAAACUGUAGCAGUUUUUACAAUUUUUAAUAAAGGUUACAACAUUAUCGUAAUAUGAA